AUGUCUCUUUUAGAAAAAUUUAUUAAAUAUCUUCUGAGGAAUCACGAAAAUGAACUGCGGGAUAUACUCAAAAGUGGAGACGAAAAUCAAAGUUUUUCAAUCACUGUUAGUUUUUUAGCCCUCUUCGAUGAAGAUAACGCUUUAGGAAAUGAGCUGUUACUUGAACCUGAAAAGAAUUUAUCUGCAUUUAAUAAAGCAGCAAUUUCUGCUCAAAAAAAUUUAUUAUUAGAAUUAGAACGUGAAGAUGAUUGUGAAAACUACAAAAUUAAAUUAAAAAUUUCAAUUAGAUUGGAUGAAUUACCUGAUUUUGGAGAUUCAGUGUUUCCAUCGAACAAUGACAUAGGGUAUUUUGUAAGAAUUAGUGGCACUGUUAUUAAAGCUGGAAUUCCAAAAUUUCUAGAAUACGAAAGAGACUACUUUUGUGAAAAAUGCAAUUUUUCAGUUACAAGUUAUGCUAUAUAUGAAAAAUAUUAUUUAAUAAAUGCUCCUUCUAAAUGCAGCCAAUGUUAUAGCACUCAGUUUAAAAUUAAAGAAAAUAAAGAAAUGAAAUUUAUCGAUUACCAAGAAAUAAAAGUACAAGAACACUUUGGAAAAUCAAAAGUAGGAACUAUGCCUAAAACCAUGUUGGUUACCUUAGAAGGUGAUUUAGUAGACUCAUGUAAACCAGGUGAUGAUGUGAUCAUCAUAGGUAUACUUUUCAGAAGAUGGAAGAUGUUGAAGCCAACUUUUAAAUAUGAUAUUAAUUUGGUCUUAAAAGCAAACAAUUUAAUAAUUCAUUGUGAGAAAAAAGUUUUACUGUCUAACAUGGAAAUAAAAAAAAAUUUUUCUAAUUUUUGGAAAAAUUAUGGUGAUAAAGAAUUAAUAGGAAGAAAUCAUAUUUUGAAAUCAUUUUGUCCUCAGAUUUUUGGAAUGUAUCUUGCAAAAUUGGCUAUGGUCAUAGUUUUAGCUGGAGGAGUACAAAAAACGGAUGAAAAUGGAUGCUCCACAAGAGGGACAUCUCAUUUAUUGCUUGUAGGUGAUUCUGGAACAGGAAAAUCUCAUUUGCUAAGAUAUGCAUCUAGAAUUGCUAAUCAUUCUGUUUUUACUACAGGAGUAGGCUCAACAACAGCAGGAUUGACUGUUGCUGCUGUUAGGGAAAGUAGCAACUGGACUUUAGAAGCAGGUGCAUUAGUUUUAUCUGAUGGAGGAAUUUGCUGCAUAGAUGAUUUUAAUUCAAUAAGAGAACAGGAUCGAGCAAGUAUUCAUGAAGCCAUGGAACAGCAAUCGAUUAGUGUGGCUAAAGCAGGAAUGGUUACAAAGUUACAAUCACGAUGUUCCAUUUUAGCAACUACGGCAACCAAAGAAAAAUACGACACUUCAGUGCCCAUGAGUGUAAACGUAUCUAUUUCCUCUCCCUUACUUAGUAGAUUUGAUAUUGUCCUCGUUCUUCUGGAUUCUAAAUGUCAAAAUUGGGAUAAAUCUCUUUGCAACUUUAUUUUCAAUAAAAAAGAAUUUUUUAAAGAGACUGAAGAAUCGGUUGUUAGUAAGAUGGACAAUAGUUUAUCCACCAAUCUGUGGUCAACAACUGAUUUACAAAGUUAUUUUUCUGUCAUAAAAGAAAUAAAUCCUGUCAUGUCCGAAGAAGCUGGAAUUUUACUUCGUACUUAUUAUCAUUAUCAAAGAAUGGCCGACUCACGUAAUGCUGCGAGAACAACUGUCAGGCUUUUGGAAAGUCUUAUCAGAUUAUCCCAAGGUCAUGCCAGAUUAAUGUUCAGAGAAAAAGUAACAGUUUUAGAUGCUCUUACAGCAAUAAUGUUAGUAGAAUCAUCGACUCAAUAUUCUUCUGAUGGAAACGCAGUAAACGCAUUACACACAGUUUUAUCAGAAAAUCCCUAUGAAGAAUAUGAGAGAUUAGCAAAAUCUAUUCUCACUAAUCUGAAAUUAGAUAAUCUUUUGAAGGAAGAAUUAGAAAACAUUAAAAGUGAUAAAAUAAUCAAGAGGAAGUUUGAAAGUGAUGCGACAGACAUUUUAACUGUAAAAAAUGAAAAAAUUGAAGUCAAAUCAAAAAAAAAUAUUUGGGAUAUUAAUGAAAAAGUCAAUUGUGAAAGUACAUAUGAAAACCAUGAUGGCCGAACAAAUUCUAAUAAUCAAGAUUAUAAUGAAUUAAUGAUAUUUAAAUUAUUACCCGAAACCCUUAACGCCAAUGAACGUGAUGAGAAAAUUAAUAAGACUUUAUCAUCGCCUAAUAAAUUAAGUACAAAUCAUGUUGUUAAUUCAGAAUCAAACAAACGUAUAAAAUUAUCAGAAGAAGAAAAAGAAGAAGAUUUUCAAAAAAUAUUAAGUGAAGAUUUUGGAAUAAAUGUAGAAAAUAUUGAAAAUAAAAAAACGGAAAUAAUAACCGACGAUAAUGAUAUAAAUACAAACAAUGAGAAACAAAAUUCAUUGAAACUAAAUAAAGAAAAUUUUUCUGACGCCACUAGUACAAAUAAUAAUGAAAAAUCAAAAAAAUUUAAAAAUUUUUUUAGUCAAAUUAAUAAUAAUAAUAAUGAUGAUGAUGAUGACGAUUGGGAUAAUAUCGAUUUAUAA